UGUAACCACUCGUCUUUCUCACCAACUCGGUCAAAUACUCUCUCUCUCGCAUUACUCCUCUCAGAAAAAGAAGGUCCCCGAGUCAAUUGCACCUCCUCUUGUUCUCCACCACCUCCCAUUUAUAUUCCCUUUUCCCACCAAUUACUUUUCCCACACCACUCUCUCUCUCUCUCUCUCUCUCUCUCUUCACCCUCACCACUCACCAACCAUGGGUAGAUCCCCCUGUUGCGAGAAGGAACACACCAACAAAGGAGCUUGGACCAAGGAAGAAGACCAACGCCUCAUCAACUACAUCAAACUCCACGGCGAAGGUUGUUGGAGAUCCCUCCCCAAAGCUGCUGGCUUGCUCAGAUGCGGCAAGAGUUGCAGACUCAGAUGGAUUAAUUACCUCAGACCUGAUCUCAAGAGAGGCAACUUCACUGAAGACGAAGAUGAACUCAUCAUAAACCUCCACAGCUUACUCGGAAACAAAUGGUCUCUCAUAGCUGCAAGGUUGCCUGGGAGAACCGAUAACGAAAUCAAAAACUAUUGGAACACUCACAUCAAGAGAAAACUCUAUAGCCGUGGAAUCGACCCACAAACCCAUCGCCCACUUAACGCUUCAGCAUCUCCGGCAGCCACCGCCGCCGUUGUUCCGGUGGUAACGGUCACCUCAAGCAACAACAAAAACGACCAAGACAGCAGCAGCAGCAACAACAACAACAACAAUAACAACGGUUUUCAGUUGGUGAGUAGCGGUUACGUUAACGCAAAGAUUGGAAGCGAUUUGGUUGGGGAAGAUUCGAAUAGUAGCAGCGGGGUUACCACGGAAGAAGCCUUGCCUCAUCAUCAACUCAACUUGGACCUUUCCAUUGGGCUUCCCUCUCAACCCCACGUGAACACGGAAAAGUUGAAACAACAAAUGCAAACACAACCACAUGAGCAUGAUCAAAAGCCGCAUGUUUUGUACCAGUGGUAUGGGAACAUUACUGGCCAAGGUGUGUGCCUGUGUUACAGUCUAGGGCUACAAAGCAACCAAGCUUGUUAUUGCAAAGCCAUGGGUGCUGCUGCUGCUGCUGCUGCUGUUACUGCUGCUACCACUACCACUGCGGUUACUACAACUGCCACCGAGGAUAAUCUAUAUAGACUUUACAGACCCAUGAAUAUUUAGAGCUUCUAAUAUGUCAUCUUAUUGUGACUUAAUUUGCUUUCUUAAUUAACAUCAUCAUCAUGGAUAUAGUUGUAGAAUCCCAAAAUUUUGAGAAAAUUUUGUCUCCAAUUUUUUUGUUUCUUUUCAUUUUGCUCUUAUAGCCUUUUUAUUUAUUAUGAUGUUGAGUUUAAUUUUUAAAUUAACAUCAAGUAAAUACAAUUUUCUUCCCUUAA